AUGGGCAUGUUGGUAUUCUUGGUGACUGGAUGUUCCAGUGGAGUCGGUAAAGAGCUGGCAAAGAUUCUAUAUUCGCACAACGCCAAAGUCUACAUCACCGCCCGAUCCACGAAGAAAGCCGAGGCAGCAAUAGCCGACAUCAAAGCUGCGCAUCCAGAAUCGCGAGGGGAACUUGUUUAUCUACAUCUCGACCUCAACGACCUGUCUUCCGUCAAACAAUCGGCCGACGAGUUUCUCAGACUCGAAACAAGAUUAGAUGUGCUGUGGAAUAAUGCUGGUGUAAUGCUCUCUCCUACUGGUACGAGAACAAAACAAGGCUAUGAGGAGCAGCUGGGUGUCAACUGCCUGGCAACUUUCCUCUUUACGCAGCUUCUCACUCCGUUGCUGAUAAGCACGGCAAAGACUGCUGCUCCUGGCUCUGUUCGUGUGAUCUGGGUAUCGUCAUCGGCGACUCACCGUUCUCCACCCGGGGGCAUAGAUUUCGACAACAUGGAUUACAAAAAGGAUAUUGGCAAAUGGACCAAAUACGGAAUCAGCAAAGCCGGGGUCUACUACUACGCAACGCAGUAUGCAAAACUGCACCGGAAUGAUGGCAUCGUCAGCGUGUCUCUCCACCCAGGCAAUUUGAAGACUGAGCUCCAACGCCAUGUUUCGUCGUUGCAGAUGGUGGUCAUCAACAUGAUGGUGUAUCCGCCGAUCAACGGCGCUUAUACUGAGCUGUUUGCUGGUCUCUCGCCAGAAGUGACCCUGGAGAAGAGCGGUGCUUGGAUCCAGCCGUGGGGCCGCUUCAGCAGUCAGAGGCCUGAUCUGGUCGAAGGCUCAAAGUCCAAGGCCGAGGGCGGGACUGGUAUCGCAGAGAAAUUUUGGGAAUGGUCAGAAGAGCAAGUCAAGCCAUUUAUGUGA